AUGCUGCAUGGCAGCUCUGCCGUGAGGCACGCGCUGGGACUACAAAGGACGCAAGUGCUUCCGGAUCUUACGAAGAUUCCUCCCGACCUCUAUCGGCAGGCAUGGGCCAUGCUUACCAAGGUUCCGGAGGGCUUCCACAUCGACAGCAAGAAGGAAAUAGCGAGGUGGUUUUUCGGCGCGCUCGGCAUCGUGCUGGCAUGCACGUUCUUAGGGAAGCUCUGGGACCUGCUCCUGCCCCCGAACAAAGGCCAGCGGAUUCCACGAUGGGUGGUCACCAUGGUGGUGUCGUCCUACAUCUUGAUGUUCCCAGGCAUCAUCUACCCGGUCAUCACCGUAGAUGUUCAUGUCACCGACCCCAAGUCCGGCCUGACUCUUCCUGCAUUUGCCACGUUCAUGAACUACCCGGGCGACGUGCUCAACGAGUCCAUGUGGGGAAUCAUCAAGCUGCUCUUCCCAGGCCCGGCAUCCUUCUUAGUCGGCUUUUAUGGACUCGUCGUGCCGGCCAUCAAGUUCGUACUCUUCGCCAAGAUUCUGAAGUUGAAGGAGUUCUCCAAAAGGACCGCAGAAACCACCGCCUCCUUGCGCUACAAUGUCAGUUGGCUCAGGUUCGUUUCCAAGUGGGACUCCCCGAAGCUCUUUGCGUAUGUGGUGUUGCUGGAGCUUUUUGGCAUGGUCAGUCAUGAGCCGGAGGUGCAUUCUCGGCCAAUUCUCAACAAGGGCUUCGCCCUGUACUUGGUCUUCAGCAUCGGCACCCUCCUGGCGUCUGUCGCAAUUCCAGAUGAUGUGCGUAGCCUCAUUCCCGGUUCAACGAUCGACGACCUCCAAGAGGUCGACGAGACUAGUGAGACGACCCCUGCAGCGGAUGCAGCGGCAGUGACACCCAAGCCCGAGAAAAAGGAGGCGACGACUCCGACUUUUUUCUGGCUCUUUGGAGAGAGGCACAUGCUACCAGUGACUCUGGGCCUACUGCUGGUCUUUCUCAUCGCUUUGAGCCUAGCCUUGUGCAUGAACCUCUUUUCCAUGACUUACAAGCCGAAGUACUGGCUGAUGGGCCCAUACGAAGAGUCCUUCAAAGCCCUUGGCGUCCCGGAGACCGGCGGAGCCAGUGGCAUGGGCCGGAUCAUGGGCAAGGCACUGACGCGUCUGGAAUCUUUGGAUGUCUCUGCAGUGAUGUGUACCUUGCUCAUAGUCAUCUUCACACUUGGCUUCACAUGCCUGGAUAUGUUUGCACUCACCAUUGCGAGCUACCACGUCUCACGAAGUGUUGACCAAGAGAAGGAUGUAAAGAAAGAGCGCUGGGCACGAGCUCUGAAGUUCGUCAAGUUUGCUCAUCUCUACCAGUUCUUAUCUAUGCUUGACGUCUUCAUUGUUGGGAGCGUGGUGAGCAUGAUCACGACCUUGGCCAGCCUGGCAGGUGCCGGAUUCUACUUGUCUUUUGACCGGGGCAUGAUCUUCGUGUUCCUCGCAGAGGGAAUCCACAUCAUGACUCAUGUUGCCGUCUCCAACUUCAUCAACGAGAAAUGUGAGCAGCCAGCUACGUGA